UGAUGAUAGGAGUAGGAGAAAUUUUAGUUGGUCUUAUCCAAAAUCAUAUGGUUCGAUAGGGAAAGAGAUUGGUUUUUCAGCACAAAUCCAUUCCUUCCCAUGUAAAGAAAAUAACAUUGCUAAUUUGUUAAUGUAGAGGACGAGUGAUCCUCUGAUAGAAGCAAAGGAGCCGCUACAUACUGGUUCCCAUCAGAGCAGGUUCGGUUGGAUCUCUAAUUGUCCCUUUUUCACUGUAUUCUCCCUCAUUCAUAUGGAGCCUCGCUACCCCAAGCUUCUUUGCUUUAGCUUCGCGCUCGUAUUUUCAUUCACGUUUCUUCCAAAUCCUGUAUCACCCUUAAGCCCUUGUAGUUUUCCGGCUGUUUUCAACUUCGGUGACUCUAAUUCAGACACCGGAGGUCUGUCGGCGGCAUUCGGCCAAGCCCCUUCCCCCAACGGAGAGACCUAUUUCGGCGCUCCGGCUGGACGGUUCUCCGACGGACGUCUCAUUAUCGAUUUCAUAGCGGAAAGCUUGGGAUUACCAUAUCUGAGUGCGUACCUGGAUGCGUUGGGCUCAAACUUCAGCCAUGGGGCCAAUUUCGCUACCGCCGGAUCUACCAUCAGGCCCCAGAACACCACCAUGGCCCAAAGUGGAUACAGCCCAAUAUCAUUAAACGUGCAGUUUGUAGAGUUCAGUGAUUUUCGAAACAGAUCACAAAUAUUUCGCAACCGAGGAGGGGUAUUUCAAGAAUUGUUGCCAAAAGAAGAGGACUUUGCGGCUGCUUUGUACACAUUUGAUAUAGGCCAGAAUGAUCUCACGGCUGGAUACAAGCUCAAUAUGACAACGGAGCAGGUUAAGGCAUAUGUGCCUGAUCUACUGGAUAGCUUAUCCAACAUCAUCAAGUACGUACACGCACGAGGAGCAAGGUCAUUUUGGAUACACAACACUGGCCCAGUGGGCUGCUAUCCUUACGUUAUGGAUCGUUUUCCUAUUACUGCGGCCCAGGUGGAUAAGCAUGGCUGCGCCAGCCCGUACAAUGAGGUAGCCCAAUAUUUCAACAGUAGGUUAAAAGGAGCGGUGGCCCAACUCAGAAAGGACCUUCCGGAGGCUGCAAUCACCUACGUGGAUGUGUAUUCAGUGAAGUACCGCCUCAUCAGCCAAGCGAGGAAGCAGGGCUUCAUGGACCCUUUUAAGGUCUGUUGUGGGCAUGGUGGGAAGUACAACUACAACCAGGCUUUCAAAUGCGGGGCCAAGAUUAAAGUGGGUGGAAAAGAAGUUGUGAUCGCGAAAUCGUGCGAGAAUCCGAGGGUUCGGAUUAGCUGGGAUGGGGUCCAUUUCACGGAGGCAGCCAACAAGUGGAUUUUCGAUCGAAUUGUGGAUGGCUCGUUUUCGGACCCACCAAUUCCAUUGAGAAUGGCUUGUCACAGGGUGGACCACUGAAUUAUUUGAAUCCUUUUCUAUCUGUCCUUUUUUUCUCCUUUUAAUCUUGUAGCCAACUUUUUUAAAGUGGGACUAUGGAACACAGUUUCAGUUA